GAGCCAAGCCAUUCCCACGGCCCCACCACUUUGCAAACUUCCAUCCGACCCCUCCAUUUCCUCACGCAUCCCCACUGAGCACUGACCCCCACGCCGCCGGCGAUGAGCGCGAAGCAGCUCUGCGACGCCCUGGCCGCCGUGGGGUUCGACGCCGGCGACGAUCCUCUCGACGCGGAUAGCCUCGAGUGGGCGUUUCUCCAGGGGGAGGACUCCCGCCGGAUGCUUGCGUGGGUCUGUGCCCGGCUCCGCCCUGGCAACGUCCUCUCCGCCACAGACCUCGAGCUGUACGAGCAGCUUGAAAUGGAAGGCAAGUUAUUGAAGGGGGAAGACUUAGAUUUUGCUUUUGAUCGUAUUUCGGCUUUCUCAGACAAUAUGGAGAAUCAGGAAUACAUAUUCUUGACGGAAGAAAGUCUUGAAGACAUCUGUGAGUCAAAGCUUGCUCUUAGAGCUGAAGUUUCUGAUUUGGAAAGGCAGCUUGCUUCUCUGGAGUGGAGGCUUGAUAUACUUACAGCACAAGCUACCACCAUUAACCAGGGAAAGAAGUCCCGCUCAUCUGCUAAUACUAGAGCUAAUGGACAACUUACUGGCUUAGAUAAGAUGUUUGCUAAGAGAAGUUUAGAGAUGAAUGCAAUACUUGGAAAACUUACUGCAUCCACACAAGAGUUGUCUUACUAUCACUCAGAAGCUGAUAUCGGGGUCUACCUAUCAUACUGUGACUUCCAGCCUUAUGUGAGGAGUGCCCUGGCUUGUACCAAGGAACUAAACAAAUGGUUCUCUAAGAAGUUUGAGAAGGGACCACUCCAACUUGUUGUUCAAGAUGACAAGUUAAGAGGAGAUCCGGUAAACUCCCACCAUUUUGUUGUCGAACUGAGCCGAAUUAACUCCAUAUUUGCUAAAAGUAAGAGACAGUACAUAGAAGCACAAGUAGAAUAUGCUAAAGAAGAAGCUAUACUAUCAGUUCUGAGAACUCAGUUGGCAUCCCAACAGUCAUAUAUUCAUCAGGAUAGCCAUUCUCUAAGGAGGAAAAACUCCGAACUUGCUGAAGAGCUUAAAGAUCUUUCCCAUCAAGUGCAGGAAUACUUAUCUGAGACUGUUACAGGCCUGUGUGCAGACCUUGCUCGGCUUUCAGGUGCAAAUAUUUUGGAAGGAGAUCACAAUUUAAAGCUUCUGCGCCAGGACUGCUACAUAAGUCAUCAGAAGAAGUUCAUCAACCAUCUUGUCAAUCAACUUGCUGCUCACCUAUUUCUAAAGAUAGCCUGCCAGCUCGAAGAACAGAUAAAAAUAUCGAGUGCCUACUCAUUUCUGAAAGCUGUAGAAUUGGAAUUGCAGGGCUACUUCUCAGCUUUUGAUGGCCGCCUGGGCCGGUACAAUUUAAUUGAUCAAGCAGCAUCUGAAAUGUUUGAAGAGGGAUCAGUUGACGACAGUGAUUCUUAUCUUCAUGCUGUGAGGGAUAUCCUUAGCAGUCACUCGAGUUCCCAAGCAACGUCACCAGAAUAUGUGUCAUCAUAUGGUUUGAUCGGGCAGAUAACAGAGCUGCAGGAUGAGCUCCAGUACCUUCAGCAUGAGACCGAAAAUGUCCUUCCACGUGAGCGAGGAAGAUGCACCGACGAACUAUGCAGGAUGAUCCAAACACUGGAGCAAAUUCUCGCUGUGUCCCUUUCUGAUGAGCAACCAAAGCUGACACCAUGGCCAUUGGCGCAUUCACUUGAAGACCUCGAAAUGGUCAGCCAGCAGGUCUCCGCUUCCGUUAGUGAGGUGACACUAGCUCGAGACGAAAAGGCCGAGAAGCUGAAACAGCCUUCACGCAACGCGCAGCAGGAAAGGCAGGUGUUCUCAGAUUUCUUCUGCCACCCGGAACGACUCGAGAAUCGAGUGGAAGAGCUGCUCUCCCGCUUUAGAGCUCUCCCUGAGUAGUACCGUCCAUUUCAUUUGCCAAGAUGGGUGGAGGAACCCUUGGCCCUCCGAUUUUCAAACGGGCAUCGUGUCUCAUUGCCUAUUCGUUUCUUUUUCUCGUGUCUGGACGACUGGAAGUGCAGUUUUUUGCAUAUAUAUAUUCAAAAGCACGCGGCACAGUUUUUUU